AUGGCUGAACUUACUCUCCAUAACUCUAUUCGGGAGAAGAUGCUCCGCGAUGAGGUAGCAUACACCUUGUCUGUAAAGCUUGUUCGCAGUGUCGAGCUUCCAAUGAUGGCGAAAACCGCAGGAUUCGAUGGCAUACUCAUUGACAUGGAACACUCGACCUUUGACUUGGACACAACCAGUCAGAUCUGCAUAGCUGCCCUAUACGCUGGCAUCUCUCCCAUAGUUCGUGUUCCAUCUAAAGAUCCUUUCUUCGUUUCUCGUGUACUAGAUGGAGGCGCCAUGGGCGUCAUAGUCCCACACAUCCGAUCUGUACAGGACGCCAAAGACGUAGUCGCCGCCGCAAAGUUUCAACCCGUUGGUCACCGUUCGUCGACGAACAACAUGCCACAAUUCCAAUAUCGACACCUCUCCGCCAAGGCUAUGAGCCCCGUGUGCAACCGCGAAACACUCGUCAUUCCCAUGGUAGAGACACUAGAAGCAGUUGAUUGCGUUGAAGAGCUAGCAGCCAUCGAAGGUGUUGAUAGUCUGCUGAUUGGCACCAAUGACAUGUGCGCCGAACUAGGUAUUCCGGGUCAGUACGAGAGCCCGCAAUUGCUCGAGGUCUACGAGAAGACUAUCAAUGCCUGCAAAAGGCACGGGAAAUGGGUCGGUGUAGGAGGUUUACAUUCGAGACUAGAUCUUGUAGAAAAAUUUUGCCAAAUGGGAGCGCGAUGGGUCAUGGCAGCGACAGAUGGGCCAUUGCUCCUCGGUGGAGCGACGAGAAGAGCAAGUGAGAUGGCACAACUGAGCGCAAGAGUCAAGCAUAUGGAACAACCGACCCACCAGGAGGCGAAUAGAGCUGCAAUCGAGUGGACUAUUGGAGUUAUCGAUGUCUUGAAAACAAAGGCUGGUGUUACUGUUGCAGAACUGACGAACGGCCACACGAAUGUAUUGGCUAGCUCUUAG